CAGCGUCCCCUUUGUGUGAGCAGCAGCAGUUGCCGGCCGAACGCCUGAGGAGUAGCAGCCGCCAUUUUGUGCGUGUCGGUGUGCUCCCCCACCCCCAGGCCCCUUUUCUGUGGUACCGGCAGCGGCCAGGUCGCUGGCGAGGCUAGGCCGGGCCACGCCAAGUAGGAGCCGCGGCAGCUGCUGCUGUCUUGAAGUUGCGGCGCUCGUUGAACGUGGAGAGGCCUGAGCCUCCCCCCAGCAGGAGGCGGAGUCUCGGCGCCAGGCCUAGGCGCAGCCCCGGCGGAGGCGGCAGCAUGGAGAAUUCGCAGCUGUGCAAGCUGUUCAUCGGCGGCCUGAACGUGCAGACCACAGAGGCCGGGCUCCGGGAGCACUUCGAGGCCUACGGCACCCUCACCGACUGCGUGGUCGUGCUCAACCCGCAGACCAAGCGCUCCCGAUGCUUCGGGUUCGUCACCUACUCGGCGGUGGAGGAGGCCGACGCCGCCAUGGCCGCCUCCCCCCACGCCGUGGACGGCAACGCGGUCGAGCUGAAGCGGGCCGUGUCCCGGGAGGACUCGGCCCGGCCGGGGGCCCACGCUAAGGUGAAGAAGCUCUUCGUGGGCGGUCUAAAGGGGGACGUGGGCGAGGGGGACCUGGUCCAGCACUUUAGCCAGUUCGGCCCGGUGGAGAAGGCCGAGAUCAUCGCCGACAAACAGAGCGGCAAGAAGCGCGGCUUCGGCUUCGUCUAUUUCCAGAACCACGACGCCGCCGACAAGGCCGCUGUGGUCAAGUUUCAUCCGAUCCAGGGCCACCGCGUGGAGGUCAAGAAGGCCGUGCCCAAGGAGGACAUCCAGUCGGGCGGGGGAGGCGGUGGCUCCUCUAGGCCUUCCCGGGGCGGCAGGGGAGGAGGACGAGGACGGGGCGGCGGCGGAUCCGGCAACCGGGACCACAACGGUCUCUCCAAAGGAGGCGGCGGCUAUAAUAGCUACGGAGGCUAUGGCGGAGGCGGCGGCUACGGAUCUUACAGCAGCGGCUCCUACGGAGGAGGUGGUGGAGGCGGAGAUUACGGCAACGGGUACGGCGGGUUCGGCAGCUACAGCCAACAUCAGUCCUCCUACGGCCCCAUGAAGAGCGGCGGAGGAGGCGGAGGAGGGGGCGGCAGCUGGGGAGGGCGCAGUAACAGUGGACCGUACAGAGGAGGCUAUGGCGGGGGAGGGUAUGGCGGCAGCUCCUUCUAACCGGGGGCGCCCAUACCCAUUGGGGGUGGCAUGGAGAACCCCCCCCUUUGUUACGGGGCAGCUUCUAAUGGUUUCUCCCCUCACUCGCCUAAGGGCAGUUCCUAGUAAAUGCCUCCCCUGCUGUGGGAGCAGCUCCUAAAUGCCCUCUGGGGGUCGCCUCUGCCUGUGCCACUUCUUUCUCUCUGAAGAUGGACUGGGCCCCACACACACAUACUUUGUGUUACAGUCAUUGAUGGACUCUAUUUUUUUAUUAUUACUUGGACCUUGGUCGUUUUUAUACUAGCAAUGAAAAUGUCUUGUUUUAAUUUGUUUUUUGGGGUGGGGGUGUGGGGUGGGCAAUGUCUUGCUGAUUCUGAAGUAAAAACUGGGGAGGGAGAUGGGGGGGGAUUUACUUUGUUGUAAGGACUCGAUACCUGGCUACAUUUUUUCCCUACAAAAUCUGCUCGGAUCCAUGACUGAAAUUAACAUUUCUGUAAAGGAGGAAGAAAAAUCGUUUUUACGUUUUUUAUUUUUUAAAUAAAUCAUUGUGUUCAUUGAC